GGUGCGGUGGACCUAGACCAAACCCGGUUUGGAUGGGGAUGCAGGCCCGUCGCCCCGGUUCGAAGUACCGGCUUUUCCUAUCAAGGCCCGGAGCGGCCUUUGCAGCACCCGCGAGCCAAAACCACCAGUUGCCCGAUUGAGUACCACGGAGCCUCGCGGCCAAGAGAUGGGAGAUCCCAUCCGAUCGAUGCAACCUUGGCUGUUGAAGCGGACCGUACCCUCCCCUCAUAAUAAAUAGCCAAGUAGUAGUUUGUGUUUACUUACUCUUUAUUCAACUCUACCCUCUACACUUCUCAUCUCUCUAGCCUCUGUGUCGUGCUGGGCCAGGCCUGCAGCAAACCAUCCGCAGCCAUGUUUCGCCAAGCCGCUCUCGUCGCCCUCGCCCUCCCCGUCUCCUUCGCCCAGAUCUCCAACGAUUUCGAAAGUGGAUGGGACCAGACAGCAUGGCCCAUCUAUGCGCCGGACUGCAACCAGGGCGGCAAGGUGAGCCUCGACAGCUCGACCGCACACAGCGGCAAGAACUCCAUCCGAGUCGACGGCGCCGGUGGUUACUGCGGGCACGUUUUCUUCGGCACGAAUCAAGUUCCCAGCGGUGAUCUUUACGUCCGAGCCUACGUGAAAGCGUCCAAGGCCUUCACCGACUCGCACGUAACGUUCAUCACGAUGCCGGAUCCCGCCCAGGGCAGCAACAAGCACCUCCGCAUCGGCGGCCAGAGCAAGAUCCUGAUGUACAACCGCGAGUCGGACGAUGCCACCCUGCCGGAUCUCUCGCCGCAGGGCAUCGCCGCGUCGACCGCCCUCCCCAUCGGCAGCUGGCAGUGCUUCGAGUACCACGUCGGCACCGACGGUAGCAUCGAGACGUGGCUGAACGGCGAGGCCAUCUCCGGCCUGACGGUCAAGCCGGGCGUCACGAAUGCCAAUGCCGGCCAGUGGCAGCGCAGCUCGAUCAAGCCCAAGCCAUCGGCUGUUUACUUCGGCUGGGAGUCGUACGGCGGCGACACCAACACGUUCUGGUACGACGAUAUCGUGGUCAGCUCGGCGCGCGUUGGGUGCUCCGGCACGGGUAGCGGUAGCCCCGGUGGGGGUAGUACCAGCUCAGCGGCCGGUCCUGGCCCGUCGACGACUCUCGUCACUUCGACCACCACCUCCACCAGCCCUGCGCCAGCUACCUCGACCACGGCUAGCGGCUGCGCUGCAUCUCAGUGGGCGCAGUGUGGCGGGAAUAACUUCUCGGGCUGCACGUCCUGCGCUGCCCCGUACACUUGCAAGUACAUCAAUGACUGGUAUUCCCAGUGCGUGUGACGUGGUGGCCACGGGGGAGGAUGCUAUCUGUACAUAGGUGUUCUGCUUCUUGUCAAUACUUGUGCUUGGUCCUGUGGAUACUAGUACCAUUGGCCACUGAGUGCAGUAUCUCCCGUAUACAUUUAAAUGUAUGACCGGUUUUGGACAUUUCUUUGCCGGAAGUGUCAUUUGACUUCGUAAGCAUCCUUUACCUAACACUGACCGGGCAAAUGCUUCCCUCGGCAUGUCGAC